AUGGUUCUUAAUUCAAGACCUCUGGUUUUGCUCCACAUUCUUGUCUGGUCAUUGCCAGAUACGCUUACCCUGAGUUCUGGUACCCUGAGCGAUAUCUCUUGCUUGAAAUCUAUUAGAGAUUCCUUGGAAGAUCCUCUCAAUCACGUAGCCACUUCUUGGACCUUCAACAACCUCACAGAAGGAUCAAUCCCACGUGAUAUCAGUGAAAUACUGCCGGCUGUAGAAGUGCUCAAACUCUCAAACAAUAACUUGUCUGUCUGGAGAAAUCCCAUCGAGUAUGGGCUAACGGGUCAAAUACCUCAGCAACUCAACCAGCUCAUCCGUCUAGAAGUCUUUAGUGUUGCUAAUAAUUUGUUGUCAGGGCCAGUGCCAGACUUUGUCAACAUCACUACAAUCAAGUCUGAGAGCUAUGUAAAUAAUAGUGGACUAUGUGGAGGGCCUUUGGAUUGCUCUUCUUUUACCUACUAUUUUAAUCUUUGCGUGGGAUCAAACAAGAGGAAUAAGAUAAUGCCAACAAGUACUACAGAAUUGACAGCGACCAGGAAGAACAUCGGUAAAAAAGUUGAUCAAGUUACUCAAUUGCCAACCAAGGGCAUUGGGAAAGAAGAAUUCAUGAAGCUUGCAAUUGCAGCUGCGGUACUACUAGUCAAAUUUGCCAAUUCAGCACGAAAGGGACUCUGA